AUGUCGCUUCAGCCUGCAACCCUAAGCGACUACACGGUUCCUGUCAGCGACAACGACUGGGCACAGAUGCUGCAGUCCAACAGGGAGGCACAGGAACUGCUCUCAAGCGUCAUCGCACAGCACCAGGAGCAGUACGAGGACCCUUCCUCAGCUGCAAACAACAAGCGCCUCGGUCAUGGCAGUCAUCUCCAUCACAAGUCUGAUCACUACAACCAGGAACCAUCUGUAGACGGACAGUUCUCGGAAGGGGAGGGCAGCUCUGGUGAGUUCUCAAACAUCCAGAUCCAGAUUCUGAUCCAGCAGGAGCUUUUUCUGUGCACGCCGGGGGAUGGAAAGCCAGCACCCAAGAAGGCUGGACGCAAGCCAUUAACCACGGAGCCUACCACCAAACGCAAGGCACAAAACAGAGCGGCACAACGUGCUUUCCGCGAGAGAAAGGAGAAGUAUGUAAAGUCGCUGGAGGAUCGCAUCAAGGAGCUUGAGGACCUCAACCCCGGCAAGGACGAUACCAAGCUUGCAGAGGAGAACAUUAACCUCAAGGUUCUGGUUCAGAAGCUCGAGACGGAGAACUACUUCCUCAAGGAGCAGUCCUUCAACUUUGAUUUCCCCAUCUCCCAACCCGGACUCUACAACAUCUCCAAGACACAGCGCGACGCUACAUCACAGAUAUCGGCCCCGUCUAUGCCUCCUUCGAGCCAGGCGAUCAAGGCGACUACUGCCCAGGCCGAAGCUGCCAAGGCAGUUACAGAUGUAAAGCUCCCCACGCCAACCACAAGCGAGCGCCAGUGGACUCCUCCUUCGUCCGGCGGUGACAGUGUGCCCAACUCGCCUUUGAACCAUGAUCUCCCUACUCCUGACCAGGAGACGAUGUCUCAGGUCUCGUCCUCGGAUAAUGCAGGCAUCGUUCCCCGUUUCAGACACUCCACACCUGAGGAAAUGGCCCUCUUUUCGACGCUGUUGGAUGGCAACGGAAACACAUACGGAAACACGGCACUUCACAGUCCACUUAACAACAACGCCAACAACCAUCCUGGACUCGCUGACAUCAGCGCCCUUAUGAACCUUCACAGCACCACCGCAGUUCACAACACCAAUAGCGGCACUUUCAGCGGAAACCUUCACACGCCUAUGAAUACUCACUUGUUCGGAUCGACCACCGGCAAUAACAACUUUAACAACCAGAGACUUCAGAGCGCUAGUCCAGGAACGUCAUUGGCCAUGUUCUCGGAUAACAGCCCCUCACCAACUAUUGACGAUCUUGUCAACACUCCAUUGUUCCACACGGACAAGGAUGGCAUGGUUCACUUCACUCCACCUGUGGCUCCCACGUCGGCGCCCUCACUGUCGUAUGAGCAGACACAAGCACUCUUCACAGAUUUCCGCGACCCCUCAGAUCCUCGGGAUUUCUUUGCUGGAUACGAUGACGUGGUUGAGAACACUCUCCAGGACAACUCGCUCGACGCUUUGUUGAGCGAUCCCUUGUUAGAUUACACUCAUGCGUUUGCCAAUGCAGGCAUCGUGUCGCCACACGGCCUUGGGCCCAACGCAACACCGAUGACAACACCCACAAUCACCACAAAGCCAGCACCGGCACCGGUGGUAUUGCCAUCAAAGGAGGUGCCAGAGGAAGGAGAGACGAAGCACACUUUGCAACCGCUGCUUGAGGGUGAACAGACGAUCCCUUGCCCCCAGGCCUGGGAGCAGUUGGCCAAGCACCCCAACUUUGAUGAUGUGGAUAUUGAUGAGUUGUGUGCGGAGCUCAAGUCGAAGGCCAAGUGUUCUGGACAUGGUCCUGUCAUUCCUGUGUCUGAGGUUGACAAGGUCAUGAACCGCUUGAACCAGUACUAG